GCUCCUACAGGCUACAGCUACUGAAUUUAAAGAUUGAGUGUGUUGUGUAAGUGUGUCACGCUCACACUCAAACACAUGUUAGUUUCAUUUUGAUAUUCUUCAUGUAUAAACAUGUGUAUCUCUGCAUCACAACUUUAAUCAUAAAUGUUUCCGCCAUUACCAUUACUACUACUUCUUUACGAAUGCAUGGGUAGUCUCUCAGCUCAGCUGUAUUAGCGGCUAUACACUAAUACUACUCUCGCCCUCAUCCUUCUCGUGAUUACCAUUUCAACCUUUUACUUUCCCCCCUUCUCUCUCUCUCUCUUUCUCUGUUCAAACUUCAAACUUCAAACUUCAAACCCUAGCCUUGGGGCUAUUCACUCUUGCACGCCUAUCCUCAAUGCUCACACCUCUUCGUUCCAGUUUCAGGUUGGGAUGGUUCGUUAAGUGGGAGGAGUUGAUCAAAUGGUUCUGCUGAGAAGUGUGACGGAAGAGUGAAGUGGCAGUUGUUUGGAUCAUCUGAUCAGGUACAUCUAUCCAAUAUGGAAGCUUCUUCCAGUACAUGUGAGAUAGUGGAGUCAAGGGAAGAUAUCAUUUCUGAGUUCAAAGUGGCUGAAAAACCUGAGUGUAGUUAUGCCAACAAAUCAGGGAAAAAGUAUUCUAUCGAGGAUGAUAUUAAUCGUCUUUUCCAGGGUAUUGACAUUAAAAGUUCAUCUAGAGGUCUUGGUGCAUCACGCUCACACAAGAGUGCUCUUAAGAGGCCAAUAAAAGUUAGUUCAGCUCAGGCCUCAGGAAUCGGCAUCUCCGAACCUGUUAGUUUGAAGCAGGCAUUUAGAGGCUUGUGCAUUUCUCAGGCGUCGGAAAUGGCUGCUUUGAAGAGACUCUCAAAGCCAUGCAGUUCGUCACGAGUAUCAGAGGCUGGCAACAUCAAAAAGUUAUACACAGCAGUUGUAGAUGAGGGCAAACAGAACUUGCUGGAAAUCUCCCUGGUGCCAGAGGCAUCUGCCCAUUCUGAUAAAUUGGCCAGGGUCUCAAUAUCCAUAUCAAAUUCAAGUGCUAAUCAUUCUGUUCCCUUGGCUGAUGCCACAAACCUGAAAGAAACUACAACCAGGCUUGCUUCUCGAGAUCAGAUUGUUCCUCUUCCAUCAGAAGUUGAAGCUGAAAAACUGACACUUGCAAAUUUUUCACCGACUGCUUGUGCAAAUGAGAUUAUGCCGGAGGGCAGAAUGGAUCCUGCUGCUGCUCACAGUUUUUCAAUGGCAGAUAAGGGACACAAAGCAAAUAUACUUUGUGUGUCUUCUCCUUCCUGCUCUAGUACUGGUGAUGAAGUGGAUAAACCCACAAGCAGCCAUACAUGUUUAGCAAAGUCAAUAGUCAGUAGCAAGAACUUCUUUAAGAAAAAAGUAAAGCAAGAUGUUUGUUCUGCCUCAAGCAGCUCCACUCUGUGCCUGAGAAAAGUUGACAACAAUUUGGGAUCUAUUGCAAAUACUUUGGACAAAGAAAUAGACAAUUCUGAUUUGAAGCAUGAAACGAAAGGAAACCAAAAGCUGUCUCCCAGCAGUUCAAAUGGUAGCAUUGAAAUUAACUCAAUCAACUCUGGUAAGGACUCAUGCAAACCUGGUUUCACGUUAAAUUGCAACAAGAGAACCAAAUUUCAAGUGACAAAAGUUGAAGAGAAAUCAAGAUCAAAGGAAAAGGGUGAGUUCUCCCAAAGCUCAAAAAGUAGCAUUGGUGAGUAUAGUAGUAGCACAAGCAUCAGCGAGGAGAGCAAUCUAAGUGGUUCCAGUCGCAUUGGCUACAGGCCUCAUAUGUCAAAACAUCUGAGAUGGGAAGCUAUUCGAGCUGUUCAGCAGCAUGGUAAUUUAAGUUUGAGGCACUUUAAGCUGCUAAGGAAGCUUGGUAGCGGGGAUAUUGGAACUGUUUAUCUUGCAGAACUAAUUGGGACAAACUGCCUUUUUGCCUUAAAGGUGAUGGACAAUGAAUUCUUGGCAAGCCGGAAGAAAAUGUUCAGGGCUCAAACUGAACGAGAGAUCCUACAGAUGCUGGAUCAUCCAUUUUUUCCUACGCUAUAUUCCCAUAUCUCCACAGAUAAGCUUUCUUGCUUGGUCAUGGAGUAUUGUCCAGGUGGUGAUCUGCAUGUAUUACGGCAGAGGCAGCCAUAUCGGAGUUUCUUGGAACAAGCAGCUAGAAGUGCAGUUGUAAUUCGUUGUAGCAUUCAUCGACUCUGGUUAUGCUGGCUCAUUCUCAGGUUUUAUGUUGCUGAGGUUCUUCUUGCCUUGGAGUACUUGCACAUGCUGGGAGUUGUAUAUCGAGAUCUAAAGCCAGAAAAUAUCCUAGUGCGAGAAGAUGGCCACAUUAUGCUGACAGAUUUUGACUUGUCACUGAGAUGUUCCGUGAAUCCAAUGCUAGUAAAAUCAUCUUCUCCGGAGGAGGUGGAUGGAACAAGAAAAAUGUCGAGUCCAUGCUCAGAUGCCAGCUGCAUUCAGCCUUUCUGUCUCCAACCUGAUUGGCAAGUCUCCUGCUUUACUCCCAUUUUAAUAUCCGGUGGAGCGAAAUCUCGAAAGACAAAGGCUGAUGCUCAGGUUGGUCCACUGCCACAGCUCGUGGUGGAGCCUAUUAGCGCUCGAUCUAACUCCUUUGUUGGAACCUAUGAAUAUCUUGCUCCGGAGAUCAUCAAAGGUGAGGGUCACGGGAGUGCCGUGGAUUGGUGGACUUUCGGUAUAUUUUUGUUUGAGCUUUUGUAUGGUAGGACUCCCUUCAAGGGCCAAUCAAAUGAGGAUACGUUAUCCAACGUUGUGUCGCAAAGCCUUAAGUUCCCAGGUGCUCCUAUUGUCAGUUUCCAUGCUAGAGAUUUGAUCAGAGGAUUGUUGAUAAAGGAUCCUGAAACUCGGUUAGGUUCUGUCAAAGGAGCUGCUGAAAUAAAGCAGCAUCCCUUCUUUGAAGGACUGAACUGGGCUCUAAUACGAUGUGCAGCGCCACCAGAGCUCCCCAAAUUUCGUGAUUUCGGAAGUCGUGCUCCAUCUAUGGCUGCUCAGAAGGAGAAUGCAAACGAUUUAGAGGACACAGAAGAUUGUGAGGAGUUUGAGUUGUUUUAGUUUGACUCGUCUUUGCUACUCCCCCCUCCUGGCCCUUUUCUUUCAUCUUUCUUCCUUAUUUCUUAUUCCAUGUAACACUUAAUCUAUAUAUAGCAGCUUAUAGUGUUAAUGUAAUUCAAACAGAUAGAUUAGUAUAUAAAGGAAACAUGGGAAUUUCUUUA